AUGGAGGGAGAUCAGAGCAACGGCAGUAAUAGUGACAGUACCAACUUGGAUACGGCUAAGGCAGAGAGAUCGGUGUGGCUGAUGAAGUGCCCAGUGGUGGUGUCGAAGUCAUGGCAGUCCCAUACUUCGUCCUCUGAUUCUCAGCCUGUCGCCAAGGUCGUCGUCUCUCUCGAUCCUCUCCGUUCCGAAGACCCCUCUUCCCUCCAGACCCUGCGAAUCAUUUGUUUGAGCUAUCUGACAUCUUUCCUGAAUGGCAAUCAGUUCACAAUGGAGACGGCUGGCAAUGGGGUUGGAAACAUGCCCAAGACUUAUUCUUUGAAUAUGUUCAAAGACUUUGUUCCAAUGUGCGUUUUUGGGGAAACACAUCAUGGUAAUGUUUAUUUUCGUUUUUCAUCUUUCAUUUUGUAG